AGCUCGAGAAAAUGAAUGGAUGCUUAUUAAUAUACCGGCAAUAUUAUAAGUAUUUCACAGGUAAAAGAGAAAAUACACUUUACAUGACUCAGGGAGGCUUUGUGGAACAAACCGAACCCCCACACCGACACACUAUAGAAGACAUCCAAUACUCGAAAUUAGAGCUGUCCCGACUAGUCGACAUAGUCGACGUCAUCGAUGACGUAAAUCCGUCGACGAGCAAAACAUCACGUCGACGGUUAAUGAAGGGUUAAAAAAAUAUAUGCGUGGAAAGUUCAGAAUGUGGGACGCUCUGCAUGCAAGCGGGGAAAGCGGCACAAAGACAAAAAAGCGCACCAGAGUGUCCAAAACAUUGACUUAUUUCAAAGAAACAAAGGAGGGUACACUGUUUUGUCCUGCCUCUUCAAUGCCAAGCUUGGCUGCACGUCGGCCGAGAAUGAACACCUAAAGCGCCGUCAACCAGUUUGUGAGAGAUGGAGAUGAGAGAGUUGACUGUGGUAGCUGGUAGCUUUGUGGGUUUCCAGCUACUCUUCUCUCUGGCCAGUCCUGUUCUCUCUUCAGCCAUCUCUCCAAGUUAUGGAUUACUGCCUCCGACCAAACACACAGAAUGGAACUCAAGGUUGGUGUCGACCGUUCACGCUCUGGUUGUAGGAUUCUUUUGCUUAUACAUUCUAUGCUUCGAUGACGCGGUCAACGCCAAUCCUGUCUGGGGGGACCCCAGUUUGGUGAAGUUAAAUGUAGCCAUAACCUGUGGUUACCUGCUGUAUGAUUUGCUGCUGCUGGCAUGUAAUUGGAGCACUAUGGGAGACAAAUUUUUUGUCUGUCACCACUUGGCGGCGCUCUAUGCAUACGGAUAUGUGCUGACACGCGGCGUGCUGCCUUACUUUGCCAACUUUCGUCUUAUUUCAGAACUAUCCACACCCUUUGUGAACCAAAGGUGGUUCUUUGAAGCAUUAAAAUACCCCCGUUCAAACAGGAUGGUGGUAGUAAAUGGCGUCGCUAUGGCAGUGGUCUUUUUUCUGGUACGGAUUGCUGUCAUGCCGUCCUAUUGGGUAAGCGUAUUUGCCACAUUUGGCACCGAAGACUUUGAGCGCCUGGGUUUGGGUGCCCAGGUAGCUUGGAUCACCUCCUGCGUAGCCCUGGAUAUCUUGAACACUAUCUGGAUGUUUAAGAUAACUCGAGGUUGCUACAAAGUAUUGGCCAUAUCGAAAGGUCGGAAAGAUAAAACAGAGGCAUCUCCCUGCUUGACCAAGAAAAAACAUGCAAACAACCACACAGACUAAAAGAGAAAAGACGGUCACAAGCAGUGGAAGAGGCUGCACAUCUUGGACUGUCUGCACUCUCAAAUCCUGAAACUCAGCCCUCCAUCUCCCUGAAGUUGGCCAGUAGAAGGGGCUGUAAGUCCUCAGGUUCUAACCCGGACACAAGACAUGAGGAUUCAAUCAAGAACCAGCCUUCGCAUCCUCAGUGUGCUUUCACUGGCACAUUAGCAUCCUGCUGCUUUUUGUUACGAAUGAGACGGCGUUCACGUGCACAUUUUGAACCCAUAUUUUGCCCCCUUCCCUCUGCUUUCAUUCACCAUUUUAACUCCUCAUCUCCUCUUACAUCAGCCAAAGCCCAAUCCUCUGAAGUGUCUGUGAAGAACAGGAGAGCAAUAGUCAUGGUUGAGUAAAACCACGGUUUAAAAGUUAAAUCCUCCUGCUCCGCUGGCCCUUUUCCACUCUAUCCAAAUUGCAGGAGAUGUAGCACUUGAGGCCCAUACUAAGGUUGUAAAUCGGCAGGGCUCGUGUCUUAAACGCACCAACCUCAACUAAAACGUACAAACACCGUAAUGCCUCGACUACAGUUUUUCCUGCUGUGGCCUCUUUGUACCUGUCACCAGUCACUCAUACCCCAAUUGGAACAACAACAACAGAAAACAUUAAGGUCACGUAUGAGAUUUAUCAUAGCAGACCUUUGUAGCUUUGGCUCCUCUUGUCCAACUGUCUAUUUGUUGCCAUUUUUUCUCAAAAUUUGUCAUGGCCUCACUUGUUUGGAAAUGACCAUAUCACCAAUAACAUUUGCCUCACUGGAUUGGGCUUCACUGUCAGCCUGAACUCUUAUUUUAUUUUAUUUUUAUGUUCUACCUCCACCCCUCAGACCCCUGCCUUACAACAUCAGCAAGCUUUUCCUUUUCCCCCUUCUCCACUGUGAAUGUAGUCUUUGAAAUUAUAUCCUCGGUGAUAUCACCACUUGAGACGGUCUCAGAGAUUUUCUUUACCCUUCUGUCGAGCCAACCAUCUGCAAAGGUUAUCCUAGCCAAUGCAGUGAAACAGUGGCAUUAAAAAUGUGCUGAAGGUACUGGUGCACCCUGAAAGCUUUUUAUUCUUCCAGGUUUCAUCUCGCAGUUACUCUGAGAAACUAAUCAAGCAGAUGUGUGGGAGAACAGUCAAUUCUUUAUUCAAGUUUUGCAGUGGAUUCCAUACUUUAAGCCUUUACAGGGCAAGUGACUAUUUUUUGGUAAUUUAACCAUUAUAUACUGGCUGCGGAUGUUCAUCUUUCAGUGUCAUUGAUGAGGCUAGACGUUCAAUCCGUUUUACUGGGCGGGGGUGAAUAAAUUUGUUCAUUCUCCCCACUGAGUCAAAACUAAUUGAACGUCUAGUGUCAGCAAAGGCAGCCAAUGAGUGCCCUGUAAAGGGUUAAAUCCAGCAUGGUGCUUUUUUUUUUUUUUUGAGCAGGGUCUCUUUCUUUUCAACCAGCAAUAUGUCUUUUAAAAGCAAGAUUUUCUGAUCAUUUAAUUCAUUUUUAAGUGAAAACCAAGCCUGACUCUUUGGAAUGCUGUCGAAGGCAAUGUGUCAUUCUGCAUGUUAUUGUUUUUAUUUCUAUAUUUCUAUCAAGCAUGGUGGCAUUAGCUUCAUUCCCACCAAAACCGUACGCUUCAAUUUAACAUCGUACGAUCUGUCAUUGCAGUUUGAGCUACAUCGACUACUAUAGCACGAUAAUAGUCUGCUCAAUAAGGUACUGGCAAUGAAUAGGAACUCAGAAUUUUCCAGUUAAUUAAACAAGAAAAUAAAACAAAGACAGCCCUGCUCAGUGCAGUGUCCUGACAGUAACCAUAAACAAGGAAUACACGAUUUUCCUUGAAGCAUGUUCCAAUUUUUUUUUUCCCCCCAUAAAUGAUGCUUGUUUUUUCCCCCCUUUCAAUUCAUUUCAUUGUGCCAUGUAAUGUAGACAGCCAGUUCUCUGUCAACUAGUCCACAGACUACUUAUAGAAAGUAGGGUACUGUUCACUUUGAAUGUUGUGGAACCGUUUUCAUGAGAAAUGCGUACCGCAAGGUGGAAAUGAGGCUUUUGCUAUUUUUCUGUGAUGCCUUAGAGGAAUAGUCAAAAUAGAGAAAUUGCACCUUUUGCUCUGAACAUAGUGAAUGCAUGAACUUGUAUGAUUCCUUUCUCCUCAACCAGCAUGUCUCCCUACACUUGCACAGUAGCUAUACAUGUGCUCACUCUGCGUGGCUGACUCAUACAUGAACAAGUAAGCGAUUCAGGUUUGAGAGUAGUGACACGACCAUAAUGGGAUAAAAAGCGGGCAUGGAAGUCACCCUCUGCAUGUUUCCUUUUCUUCAUAUGUAGGUCUUUGUAUUUUUCAAUGGAUGGACAUUGGGAGAAUGUUGGACUUUUUUUUUUUUUUACUGUAGAACUAAAAGAGAUAGAGGAAAAAAAGCACACUCCCCAUGGAGCAAUAACUCUUGACCUCCUGGAUUUCUGUCUGUCACCACAGAGGAGAGGCUGACACAUUCGGUGCCUUUUACAGAAACAUGGACUCACCUUUUUGAUAAGCAUGAGCUUUCUAAUGCGAAUAUCCUCUAUGAUUGUCAUUUAUGUAUUCCUCUGUAUUCCAUGUGUAUACUCAAUGUAUACUGUAUAUUUUUAUAAUAUGCCUGCACAAUGAAUAAUCCGGCCAAGUAUUAAUAUAAUCCAAAGAUGAUCAGGGAGGCUGUCAUGCGAUUGUUCCGUUGGCCUCUUGACUACGGACACGGCCACGUCUCCAUGAAUGUUGUCAUUGGUUUAAUGAGCGGCACUAAUAGUAUCCAGCAUGAUGACGAAUGGAAUCAAGAUGUAUUUAUUUUUUGGACGUGAGCUCUUUAAUGGUAAGCUAAUGUCUCACUACAUUGGCCCUCUCAAAGCUGUGAAUAGAAUAGGACUAGUAGUGUUCAGUCAAGGACUAUCAAAGUGGAAGAUCGCCUGAGGUCAGUAGGACACUUGUGGCAUGCUGGGAUUUUUUGGCUCAUGCACAAAGUCAAAAUUAAACCAGACCUGCUUGUUAACUCUGUCAGUGCCGUUGACGAUGAUAGAUGCCCAAUCAUGUGGCUUUUAAAAUCUAAAUUAAAACUCGUUAAAUUAGUUUGUCACUUGUACACGUCCAAUCUGUUUGAACUGGGACGGCUAGCAGCGAAAACUAAUUUUCUCUGUUCAAAUGGAUUGGAUGUAUAUCGUCGUCAAUUGCAGCCGCUGAGUUAAUGAAUGGACUUUUGAAACUGUUGUCAGGGUCUUUUCCUCGAUUUAAUUUUUUUGUUUAUUUAUUUUUUUUGUUUUGUUUUGUUUUAGUGUAAAACAGCUGUAAAGAUGCUUUAUCGCACAUGUUGGGGCUGGUAAAAAAAUCAGUUAUUUCCAGAAGGCUGUUUUCAAUGAUAAGUGUGUGUAUUGUUUUAUCAGGUUUGAAAACCACUUUGCCUUUUUUUUUUUUUUUUUUUUUUUUUUUUUUUUUUUUUUUUUUCUUAAUGAGGAGACCAAUGUUAUAACAAUAUAGGAGUAUCGCAUUUUUCGGAGCAUAAGGCACACUUGAAAUCCUUUAUUUUUCCCAACAAUUGACAGUGCGCCUUAUAAUCCAGUGCACCUUAUGUAUGAAUUCUGGUUGUUUUUAAUGACCUUGAACCAAUUUUGUUAGCGCAUAACUGAAUUAUACUGCUCCAAUAAAGUGCUCAAGGCACACAUUGAUCAUUCAUCAAACCCCUAAAUAAAAAUAAAAGAUAAAAUUAAUAAUACAAUUACAAUGUUGAAGGAUAAAGAACACAUGACAAAUGCAGUACAUUGAUGCACUAUGCGCCUUAAAGUCCGAAAAAUACAGUACAUAGUACCACAUUAUACAUGAAUGAAUAAAUCACUGUAGCAUCCUGCUGUGUGGUUAGUUCUACCAGAUGCUGUCCUUUAUGAAAGAUGAUACGGUACAAUUUAUAAAGCAUCACGGUUAGGUAGUUAAAUUAUUAAGAUCACCUUGUAACUGGAAAUGUCAAUUUAUUACUUUUAAUGGAUUGCCACUGUGUCUUGUUUUUCAUAACUUUUGCCCCAUUGCCUUUUUUGUUUUUAAGUGCCGUUUGUUACUGUUUUCUUAUUUGUUUUUCUGAAACUUUCAGUUUUGGGGGCAGGGGGCGUGAGCCAGCCUGGACCACACAGAGGCUUUUUUGGGAUCUUUCUCUGAGGGUAAUUUUUCUCUAUGACGUGGACAUAUAAUGGUUGUUUAUCUACAAUAACCAUGUAAUUCUAGGUAUGAUUUACUUGAAAGUGUUCUUCAAUAAACUUGAAGACAAUGAGAAGCUAACUGCAGUGUCUUUUAUUGACUCGACAUUACUUGUUGGUCCUUGUGCUGAACUUUGUUUAACCUUCUAAAGCUUCCUAUUUUUCCAAACAAGGAUUUGUGAGUGCACGUCUGUGUGCGAGUGUGUCAGCUGUCACCACAAGCAUUAUUUUCCCCCCAUAUCGAUCUAUUAUACGCUAUAUAGUUUUCCAUAUUAGCUACUUAUUGUCACUGUAGUAAAAUGUCCCAAAAAUAUGUGUGCUUAGGGAGACCGAGGAGGAACUAUUUGUUUAUAAUAAAAUGUGUAUAAACCAAAGGGGGAGCCUCAGUAGAUCGAGGCUAUCACAGCUGUGUGUGCACAUGAGAGCUGUGAGAGGUCUUAAGGGGCUUGGUCAGAGUUCUGUGUGAGGAACUUUACCAAACAUGGUCACAUCCAGUAACAAGAGACUCAAUGAAAAUUUCUCCUGCUACUUACUACAGUGUACGGUCACAGAACACCAGAUCUGGUAGCAAAUGAAAUGCUGCAUAUGUGCCAUAAUCACAUAACACCAGAUCUGGUACACAUAUGAAAUGCUGCAUUUGUGCCAUAAUCAGAGAAAUCAUCACUUGAUGUAUGCGCUUUUUUAAAAUCAAAAUCUAUGAGAAUGAUAUGUUUUCAUAACUGAGCUUCUGCAAAAGUGAAUUGCAGGCUUCUGUCAGCUGGUUUUAGAAAGGUAAUUUGUAUUGAAUGAAUGUCUAUAAAUGUCAUGUCUCCUCUUUCCCACUUUACGAGUUUGAAUAUGUGUUUUUAAUAUGUCGUUUAUGAGAACCAAGCAGCCACCACUAUGGUAUACUGCUCCGCUUGAUUUCAUAUACAAAUGGAUCCAAAUGAUCUGCCUAUUUCAUGAGGAAUUUAUGUUGAAGCUCUUUCCCAGACUUGGAGAAACAAAAACAAAUCAAGAAUCAACAUUCCAGACAGCUAUAAACCAAGGAGAUUUUUUUAACAAGGUGCUUAAUGCCUCCGCCUGGCAUUUGAUAGGAAUAACUUUUUAGAACUGCUUGUUAACGAGUGGCACCUUCGUGUCAUCAGCGACCUCACCCUGAAUAAAAAUACGUACGUCUUCUGCCAGGAGCCCAUCCCAGCCUGCCAGCUAAUAGGUUCAAAAACUUGUUUACAUCUAAAAACAUUUGAAAUUCUGAACUCAUUGGCUGUCACGGACAGCGAAAGACGUCCAAUCCAUUUGAAGAGGGUUGGAACUUGGCAGCCACCCUCCCAGUUUAAAUGAAUUUGACAUCACUUAGUGAUAAACUCAUUUGAAUUCACAGCAGAAGGAAGAAAACAGCCUCACUAUAUUGGAUGUCUAUCAAAUUGUCUUGUCUGAUAAAAUGACAUCAUUGUUAUGGAAAAUAAUAAUUCAAGGUCAGCUUUAAGAAUACCGUGUCAA